AUGAAGGAGUUUGUCGACGAGUACUUCACGUUGAGACGACAGUUACAGGCCUGUAUUCCGAGUCCUAAUCAACUUAAUGAAGCUGCACCUGCAGCCACGGUGACGCAACAGCUAUCCCAUGUGAAACUGCCAGAACUGAAGCUGCCGUUGUUCAAAGGAAACCUGCGGGACUGGUUAACGUUUCGCGAUUCCUUCAAGAACCUGAUAGCGAACAAUAGUCAACUAUCAGCGAUUGACAAAUUCACGUAUCUCCGUUCAUGCCUUUCCGGAGAAGCUCUCCAAGAGAUAGAGUCGAUCGAGAUGACCGCAGUCAACUAUACCAUAGCGUGCCAGGCUCUUGAGUCACGUGAAUUUGAUGAACAUCUUCAAAUGCUUGAUAAGCUGGGAGAAGAAACUGCUAAAUGGAGCACGAUUUUAGCAUACAUGCUGGCGAGCAAGUUGGACACUACAACUCUGAGACUCUGGGAAACCGAGCAUCGGUCACGAGAUGUUCCAACGUAUAAUGCCAUGCUAAAGUUCCUGAAAAACCACUGUAUCGUUCUCCAGUCGGUUGGUGUAAAAGGCUUUCAGUCGGAUCAGAAAAAGACAACGAAACCGGCCGGCAGCUACACUGGAAUCCAACUUCAAGCUCAAUCCGUCUGCCCAUUCUGCGGAGGAAAUCAGCAUUCACCAUUCAUGUGCGGAAAGUUCAAGACUCUAAAGGUUGAAGAAAGAAGAAAUGCAGUGAUGAUGAACCGUUUAUGCUUUAACUGCUUAGGUCGUGGUCACGUGUCUAAAUCAUGCAGUCGGAGUUCGUGUCGCGUGUGUGGUGAACGGCAUCAUUCUAUGUUACAUCUUAGCACAGCUCAAUCGUUCUCCCGUCAGUCAGUUCCACAGCCGGUCAAGCGAUUCCAACGUCCUCCUCAGAACCCACAGAUACAGACACAGAAUGCUUCAACCUCAGGAACACAGCCACUAUCACAAGAAUUCCAUCCAUCUCAGCGAUCAAAUAUUGCCAACAAUUCCAACCUCACAAGCACACAAAACACGCAACACGAAACACCACCAACAACACAACCCCAAAGUACAAGCUACAAUGCAUCUCUUUCUGACAACAUAUCAGAUCGACCAGCUCUACUUGCAACUGCAAUAGUUAUUGUUGAAGAUAGUUUCGGCAGUACUAUGCUCGCUCGAGCCUUACUGGACAGUGGUUCCCAGUUCAGUUUUAUGUCGGAGAACCUGUCGCAGAAGCUGAAGUUUAGAAGAGCCAGGAGUCUUUCUCACGCGAGAAUCAACCGUGAGAGAUUGCAGUUACCUGAAGACAUCGUGCUAGCAGAUCCAACUUUCUGCGUACCUAAUGUGGUGGACAUCAUCGUGGGCGCAGGAUUGUUUUACGAAGUAUUAUCAACCGAGAAGCUGAAACCUCAGCAGGAUGGACCUUUACUGCUAAAUACAGAGCUGGGAUGGAUUGUGUGCGGAAAAUUACCAGACGAAGCGAGUAUUGCGAGACCAAUGGUUGCCAAUUUUUGCACGGAGCAAGUGGAUCAGUUACUCAAGCGUUUUUGGGAACUGGAAACCUGUCGAUCGAAUAGCGUUUUAUCAGUCGAGGAAUCGACAUGUGAGGCCAUAUACGACAGAACAACAAUUCGCGAUGCAACCGGUAGAUUUGUUGUAACGCUACCGAAGAAGGAGUUUCUCAUCCAACGAUUGGGAGACUCAAGGGCCACAGCACUGAAACGUUUUUUGGGCUGA